AUGAGUUCAGUACGCUUCACAACUGUGGGCGUAAUGCGACCUCCAAAACCUCCUUGCUGGAGAGAUUUCGUCUCGUCCUCGCCAAAAAGCAUUCAUUCAGAUGGUGUGGAAGUACUAGAUGCUUCGAGCCGAGCUCUAGGUGCUCUCUCGCCUGUCGCAGAUUUACUGGAAACGUCCAGAGUGACGGUGUCUUUGUCGGGAAACAAACCCAGCCGGCUCGUCAGACGUCCACGGGCAAGGAUUCAUCGUACCAGAAGUGAACAUAUCAUACGAGCCGAAGAUCUACCUCAGAACGCAUUUACCGCGACACUGGCAGACGCAGAUCCUAAAGGGUUGCGGGUUCGAAUCCCAGAUGGCCGACUGUAUGUAGAAGAAAACAACAGACGCUGCCAGAACUGGUUAGCGGGAGUUGAAGCUGCCGAACCUUUGGACGAUGUUGACUACAACGACCAUCAGCGGCCAUUUUCAUCACAUGUUCAAGAAAUACUGCAUGUCGGGUCAGAAAGUUCCAACACACAGAAAACCGAAAACUCACAGAAACACAGUUCUCACUCCUCAGGGAAAGAUCCCGGUUCAGUCUACGAACUGCCACAAAAUGUAGACGUUGAAAUACCGGAAGAAACGUUUAUGUGGGAAACAUCCAGCAAGGCUCGUUCUACAGUUUCAGACGAGGAGAUGAGUGGAACUUUCAGAGACAUAGAGAUGAGUGGAACAUUCAAAGACAUACUAUCCCAAGGGGACUGUGAGAAGAUUUCGGAGAUUCCUGUGUACCCUGGUACAUGUUCUACACACAGUACUCAAUCUCUGGCACAAAGUCCAGCUUUAAAUUCAAAACAAGAAACUGAGACUGCAAAAGGCAGUGAAGUAACGAAGGGCGAUAACGCUUACGAGAGCGAUUCUGGUGAUUGUACAACGCAGGAGGUCAAAUGUGAUAAAAGGACCGGUGAUAACACAUUUAAACAUUGCUGUUGUGGUCCCGAUAACACCGAGUCAUCUUCAGAGGCGGACUAUAACUGUUGCCGAUGUCAGGAGGCAUCCGAUAGAUUCGGUGACAGUCGGCUGAAUCACGUAAAUACACAAGAUCAAGGUGUUUUAACUGCGGAUUCACGUGUAUCAUUACCACCUGACAGCGGUAGCUUGGUGUCAAGGCGAGUCAUUGGUGAUUCUCAACUGUGGGCAUUGGACUUGUCCACUUGUGACUGA